GCUUUUCUUAAAUACCCUAUUCCUAUUGAUAGGGGUAGUAUUAUUUUCUCAAAGUUUAUAUCCCUUUCCCCAAGCAAUCCAUGACCAUGCCCAAGGAGCAAGAAACCUCAACAAUUGUCUAAAACCCUAAACCCCAAACAUUUAAUCGCGAAAAACUCCACAUAUAGCUAGAGAAAAUUGGGGUUUUUCUAAUCAUCUUCAGAUAAAAUAAGAUGGAUGCAAUAGCAGCAGCAGAAGAGAGAAUUAUGACAGAAAGAUUAAGGCAGAAACUCAACGAAGUGAAUACAGCCGCCCAGACCCAACUCUCCGGCGUCCAAGAUUAUGUCCAUUUUAACCUUCAGCAAGCAUACUUCAAAUGUGCGUAUGAGUGCUUUGACAGGAGGAGAAAACGAGAGGAGAUAGAUAACUGUGUGGAGUAUUGCAGUGUUCCCGUUCUUCAGGCUCAGAAUCUUGUUGAGAAUGAAAUGGCCAAUUUUCAGGAAAAGAUGAAUAGGUCUCUAAGGGUCUGCCAAGACAAGUAUGAGACUGCUAAACUCCAGAAAAACAGUGAUGCCACGAAGGUUGUGGAAUCAUGCGUAGACCAAUCUGUUCAAGACAGCAUUAAGACAUUGCCACAUCUGGUUGGUAAAUUGAAGGUUUCUCUUGGCGUUACUGAUUAGAGAAAUUUAGCUUGCCUUUUACUUGAAGAUAUAGGCCUUUUCUUUUAACUUCUCAUAUUAUGUUGGUUUUGGUUAAAUGAAUGCUGAGAAUAAGUCAAAGGAGGCAUAUGAAUAAAAUCCCGAGGUAUACCCACAAACUCUUUCAUGAGCUGUACUCAAACCAGCAUAUCUGGGAGCAAAAGACAGAAAGCAGCUCGUCAGGGAGUGGAUGAACAAGCAACAGAGUCGGUGUCGGUAUAGUAAGACUUAUAUCUUGCUUGUUGUUAUAAUUGUAUUGAUCAAAAUGCUGACACUCAUUACAGAAUCAUCAUUCCUUCAGUUAUUUUCUUUCAGAUAAAUGUGAUCCAAUGACCAUCUCAAAUUGCCUGAAAUUUAGCUGGUAGUGAUGAUUGACCAGCCAGGUGUUGACCUUAUAAUCUACAACAACUAUGCCUCAGGCUUAUGCAAGUUGGGGUGGUUAUAUGAAUCCUCACUGCUUAUUUCACUCAAUUUAAGGUCGUCUCACUCAAUUUUAGUUUCUCUACCACUAGAAGUUCAUGCGAUCCAUGUUUGAUUAUAAGAAUGACAGCUCUCAUCUCCUACAACACAGGUUAGAGACCAAGCAAUAUGCAUCUUAGUCAACGAAUGUUGUCGCCAGGGGCGGACCCACGUGUUAUUAAUUGGGUUCAGUUGAACCUGCUUUGUCAAAAAAUAAUAGUGUAUAUUAGUAAAUUUCUGGAAAAUAUAUAGUAUAAGAAAAGCAUUUGAACGCA